AAAGCCAUAUGUGGUGUUAACAUUGCUUAUCUCUAUGUUUUAAUAAGCUACAAUUUCCAUCAAACAGCACAAUCUGUAUUUGAUAUUUGUUAUCCGUGUACAACGCGCUGUAUGAUGCACAUCCCAACGUGGAACUAAAUAUAGCUUGCUUCCGGUGCUACGUUCACAAAACUACUGUGGUUAGUGACGGUCAGGGCCUACAACAGUGAUCAGUAUCAUCAGCACCUCGUUGUUGCACAACUAAAACCCGAGGUUCUCGUUGCUUCGAUUAGUGUACGUCUUACACGUGCUUAAAAAGUCACUUAUUACCAAAGGGAUAUUAAUAAAAUGAGCAACUGGCCGCACAAUCCGUACCCGGGAGGCGUUCCUAUGCCAGGAGCUUAUCCAACCGCUCCUCCAGGAGCGAUGCCGUAUCCUGCAGCCCAGCCUUAUCCACCUGGUCAGCCUGCUUAUUACCCACCACCAGGUCAGCCCGCACCCGGUUUCGGCUAUCCUCCCCAGCCUGGUUAUCCAGCCCACGCCGCACCGGCGCCAGGCGGAUAUUAUCCGGCUGCCGCUCCACCAGCUGCACAAUACAACGCUUAUCCUCCGCCUGUCCAGCCCGGCUACCAGCAACCACCACCAGCAGCGGCCUAUCCGAAUCUUCCCCACGCCGCACACGCUCCACCACCGGCAAUGGCGCAAGGAAUGGUACAGGUGCAAACUGUCCCGGACGAACCCACCGUGCGGGCUUGUAGCAGCUUCAAUGCCGAAAGCGAUGCAAAGUGUCUUCAUACUGCAAUGAAGGGUUUCGGAACGGAUGAAAAAGCGGUCAUCGACAUCCUGGCCAAUCGCAGCAAUGCCCAGAGACAGCAAAUUGGUGUAACGUACAAAACUAUGUACGGAAAGGAUUUAAUAAGCAAACUCAAAUCGGAACUUAGUGGAAAACUGGAAGAUACUGUUGUGGCGCUCCUUCAGACGCCGGAUGUAUAUGACGCUUACAGUUUACACGAUGCUAUUGCCGGACUGGGAACAAAAGAUGACGCCUUGAUCGAAAUUAUUUGCAGCCGGACAAAUGCUGAACUUCAGGCAAUUAAACACGCCUAUAAAACAAUAUUCAAGAAGGAACUGGAAAAGGACGUCAGUGGCGAUACAUCGGGACAUUUUAAGAGGAUUCUGGUUGCUUGCUUAACAGGAAACAGACAGGAAGGACCUUACGUUGACUUAGCCAAGGCAAAGCAAGAUGCCGAGGCCUUAUACAAAGCCGGUCCUAAAAAAUGGGGUACCGACGAAGCCACCUUCAUUGCGGUUUUCGCAAUGAGAAGCCACGCGCAAUUGGCAGUAACUUUUGAAGAGUUUAAGAAGAUUGCCAAUACCGACAUCGAAAAAGUGAUCGCUUCAGAGAUGAGCGGAAACUUUGAGAACACAUUUCUCGCUCUUGCUAAGCUAGUCAAAAACAAACACGCAUAUUUUGCGGAGCGGCUAUACAAAUCCAUGAAAGGAGCCGGAACACACGAUCGCGUUUUGAUUAGAUGUGUUGUUUCCCGCUGCGAAAAGGAUUUAGGCAACAUCAAGCGAGAAUUCCAGCGGAUGUAUGGAAAAACGCUGGAAUCGUUUAUCGCCGGAGAUUGUUCCGGUGACUACAAGAAAAUCCUCCUGGCUUUAAACAUGGUCAGCCGAAUGAGGGAGGCUCGCGAUGAAAUGCGGCGUGAUGUUCGCGAAGUGGAGGGAAAUAUUCGCAAUGACACCAACGAAUUUCGCCGGGAUGCGGCCAGGGAAUUAGAAGAACUGCGCAACCGAAAGGCGGUGUCCGGUCAACACGACUUUGGCUCUGGCAGCGUCCACACUUCGAACAGCCAUCAUGUCGUUCAUCAUGCGGGAUCGGCGCAUGGAGGUGCGAAUCCGUUCGAUGAUCCGCGAAAUUAUCAGGAAACACCAAACAAAUACUCUGUGGCUCCGCGAUAUUACGAGACCACGAAAGUGGACCCUUAUCACACCUACUAUGAACCCGUAAUUAGAGAUGCGGCAUCUUUCAAUCCUGAAGAAGAUGCAAAAGUUUUGCAAAAGGCCAUGAAAGGAUUAGGUACCGACGAAAAAGCAAUCAUCAACAUUCUAACCCGUCGAAGCAAUGCACAACGACAAAUCAUUGCAAGACAGUUUCAGACGAUGUAUAAAAAGGAUUUGAUCAAAGAACUAAAAUCGGAAUUGAGUGGUAAGCUGGAGGAUACCAUUAUCGGAUUAAUGCAGACACCGGAAAUGUUCGAUGCGCACAGCCUGCACAAGGCAAUGGCGGGUUUAGGUACUGAUGAGAAAACGUUGAUUGAAAUCAUCGGCAGCCGAAAUCCACACGAACUAAGCAUUAUCAAACGAGACUAUAAAGCCGAAUUUAAAAACGAUCUGGAAAAGGACAUCAUUGGAGAUACUUCGGGAUUCUUUAAGAACUUGUUGCUGGCAAAAUUAAGAAAUAGCGAAAACCGGGCUAAAAAUGGGAAUGUCUAUGAGAUCUAUCCAAAGCAAGCUUUUCAUGAGGCUCAAGCUUUGUGGGAGACCGGACCCAAGCACUGGAAAAAGGAUGAACCGUUCUUUGCGCCAAUUUUUUCAAACCGUAGCGACGAACAUAUGCGUCAGGUGUUCCAAGAUUACAGGCGCAUUGGACAUAUUGAUAUCGACAAGGACAUUGAAAAAGAAUUGAGUGGCGAUGAAAAGGAUAUGCUUCUGGCUUUUGUCAAGGUGGCGCAAAAUCGCCCAGCUUAUUUCGCCGAAAGAUUGCAUGUGGCCAUGAAAGGUAUCGGAAAUGAUGCGAAAACGGUCAUUCGGAUUAUCGUUUCCCGAGCGGAAAAGGAUCUGGGCAAUAUCAAACGCGAAUACCAACGGAUGUACGGAAAAUCGCUGGAAUCGGUUGUAUCGAGCGAAUUUUCUGGGGAUGAUAAAAAGGUUCUUCUUGGAAUUCUGGAUCAAACCGGUGCAUACAAAUAAGCAAACGGCGCUGCAAAAGUCUUUACCAUUGCGAAGGAAAAUUUCACUGACCCCUAUGUUAACAUACGGCAUUUAUGUUUGAUGUUAUUUUUUGGAUAGUGUACUUGUUUGUCUAUGAUACGCUCACGCGGCAAAUGUGCAAAGUGGUCAUUUCUAAGGUUUUCUGGAAUAUAGCGCAUUCCGCAUACAUAUAUACUACGAUAUAGGCAAAUGUUUAACUGAAUGCUGUCUAUACAAGCCAGUACGCGUCCGUUCUUUUCCCAUAUGAUAUAUAAAAGAAAUGUUACCUUCGUUUUUGACAAUUCAUGCUUUAUCAAUAAAGGUCAUCAGUGUUUUUAUUAA